UUUACGUUUCUUCUGCUCUGGCUCCAGACGCUAUGAGGUUCUUUCCAGCUGCUAACUAAAUCUCCACAUUGUUAGACAAAUUUGUUUAUUUUUCUGGAUUCACGUUCUCCAUACGACAAGAUUGUUGAUUCGGACGAGCGGCAUCUGCGAGAAAUUAGAUUUUACUUUGGUUUGAAACUAGGUUGACUCAUGAACACUUUAAUUACGAAAGACCUUUAGAAAAACAUGGAGAACGGUGAAGAACUAGUCGGCCCACCUCAGUUGUCGCUUCAAUGGCAUCAACAUCACAACACUCUAGUCUCCCUGCUGGAUGCUCUUUGGGAGCGGCAGGAGCUUGUUGAUGUCACUCUGGCUGCAGAUGGCCAGCACAUAAAUGUUCACAGAAUCGUAUUGUGUGCAUGCAGUAAAUUCUUUCAGGAUGUACUAACUCUAAAAGGUAACUCCGAUAAACAAAUCAUUGUUUUCUUGAAGGAUGUCUCAUAUAGUGACCUGAAGGCCUUAGUCGACUAUAUGUACAAGGGGGAAGUGCGAAUCAAUGAAGACCAACUGAACUCGUUCCUACACACAGCAAAAUCUCUGGGUAUCCGUGGCUUGAUGGGCGAUGGCAAGAAAGUAGACAUAGAAAAUGACAAGAAAAGAAAGCGCAGACAUUCAGUAGAGCUAUCAAGUGAUCAGGAAGAAGAAGAAGAGGAAAACAGCCUUACAGCUUCAUCGCCUCCUCCACCACCACCACCGCUACUCAAGCACAAAACCAGCCUCACGAAACCGCAGAAUCUCGAAGUUAAAUGUGAAUUACCGAUGAACCAAGAAACUAGAUUUGAAUCAGCAAUGAACACCAUGCAACCCGAAACAGAAUCAUUGACACAAAAUUCAAGUAUUAAUUCUGGCCAAGAGCUGGAGGACGACGAACUAGAUUUAUUUCAGCAUUGCGGAGUCAACAAUGUCAAUAACCAUCAUAACAAUCACCUGCACCAUCCUGGACCAUCUCGGCUGUCUGCAGAAGAACUUCAUUCAUCUGGUCAAGAUUUACUGGUCGAACACAUGGCCUGGGGGUCGGUCCACAACGGGUCAGUCGAUAAUCACCAUCUUCAUCAUCACGAUCCCGAUCCUGGACCUGGUCGUCAUUCGUGUCCUAGAUGCGGCCGAACGUACAAAUGGAAACAGACUUUAUUGCGGCAUGUGAAAUACGAAUGUGGCGUGGAACCUCAGUUUAUCUGUCCAAUCUGUCGGGCACCCUUUCAUCACCGGAAUGUUCUGCAGAGACACAUGAAUUUGCACAGUAGACCCAAGUGAUGCUGUAACUAAAAUUAGGAGCUUACUAAACUACUUCUGUUCUGAGAAGCCACCAAAUGUUAUCACUGAGAAAUAUGUCAACUAAGAUUUGCCAUGUGUAGCCAAAUAAAGUACAUUUGUUACCAUUCUCAA